UCUUACGGAACCGUCACGUCUAGGUCCGGAAAAUAAAACCCAAGUACAAAAGAAACGGAGGACUCGCCGGGCUAUGACUUAUGUCUUUUAGUUAUAAAGUAUAUACAAAAUGAGUUCCUCCGGUAGUGAUAAGUACCAGUACUUAGCUGCUUUAAGUGUGAACAUUAUUUCCAUAUCGUAUGGCGCAUUUUGUGGUUGGCCUUCGGCCAGUUUUCUGGAAUUGGCAUCAGAAAAUAGCCCUUUGGAAACAGGACCUCUGACGGGCAAGGAUCAGGGAUGGGUGGCAUCGAAUAUUUGUUUGGGAGGCUUGUUUGGAACCUUUUUGUUUACGUGGUUGGCGGACAAAAUAGGCAGAAAACAGAGCCUCCUGUGGAUGGCACUGCCUAACUUGCUGGGUUGGGUUAUAAUACCAUUCGCUAGCAACCCGAUGCAUUUAAUUAUCGCCCGAUUUAUUGGAGGUGCGGCAGGCGGUGGAUGUUUCACGGUUAUUCCAAUUUAUAUAGCUGAAUUGGCAUCUGACAGUAUACGAGGCGUUUUGGGUGUCUUUCUGGUGCUGACCUGCAAUGCGGGAGUUGUGCUGGCUUUUGUCCUUGGCUACUACUUCAACUAUGCCCAAGUGUCCUGGAUUGUCUCCACAUUGUCCUUCGUGUAUGUGGGCUGCUUCUGGUUCAUGCCCGAGACACCGCAGCACUUGGCCAAAGUAAACAAGAUUGAGGAGGCUGAGCAUUCCUUGCGGUAUUAUCGCAACAUUAAGUCCAAUCCGACCAAGGAGCUGAGUGAAGAGCUUCAGCUGGAACUGCAGAAGCUGAAAACCACAGAGAAACCAGGUGCCGAAGCAGAUGAUGACGAUGCCGAAGCCACUGGUGUGACAUGGGCGGACUUUGCUGAGGGCAAGACCCGGAAGGCUUUCCUCAUCGGACUCGGACUGAUAAGCUUUAACCAGCUUUGCGGUUGCUUUGCAAUGCUAAACUACACAGCGGUGAUUUUCGAGCAGGCGGGUUCCAGUCUCCCGCCAACGGUGGCUGCCAUUGUUGUGGGCACCAUUCAGCUGGUGGGCACCUAUGCAUCCUCGAUUCUGGUGGAUCGAUUGGGCCGCAAGAUACUGCUGCUGGUGUCGGCAGUGGGCAUCGGUCUGGGCCAGAGUGCCAUGGGCACGUACAGCUAUUUUCAGGUGCUCGGAUACCAGGUGGCCUCCUACAGCUGGGUUCCCAUCGCCGGCUUCUCGUUUAUGCUCCUCCUCGCCGCCAUCGGACUGCUGUCCUUGCCCUUCCUGGUCAUGUCGGAGAUAAUGCCGCAGAAGAUAAGGAGCACGGCGAUAAUGAUGCUCAUGUCGGUGCUCUGGAUGAUUUCCACAUUCGUCAUUAAGUUUAUGCCGCUUUUUACUGAGACACUCGGAAUGCAUGGAACCGUCUUCAUGUUCGCCAGUUUAUCCUUCGCAGCAGCCAUAUUCAUUGCCAUUUUCGUGCCCGAAACCAAGGGCAAAAGUGUGGAGGCCAUCUUGGCCAGCCUUUACGGAUAUAAAGUUUAUGAAGGUUUUCAGCAGCGAGCUUUUGUAUCUGCUCGGUUUUUAGAACCAAUCGAGGCAAAACGCUGGAGUGUGGCUGACAUUGGCACGGUAGAAAUGGCUGGGAUUUUCGAGAACUCCCUGCUGCGGCACAAAACACGUUACCAGCUUUUGGCCACCGUAAUUGUAAACAUCAUUACCUUUGGACAUGGAGUGGGAGUGGGCUGGCUCUCACCGACUCUUACCAAAAUUCAAACGCCUGACUCGCCGCUGGAUUUUGAAGUUAAUCUUGCAGAGAUUUCCUGGCUCGGCUCGAUGCUGGGAUUGGGAAGCCUUUGUGGUAAUUUAACCAUAGCUCUGCUAAUUGAGAGAGCCGGCAGGAAAUUUUGCCUCUAUCUCAUGGCCGUACCUUAUGCGUGUAUUUGGAUUUUGAUUUACUGCGCCUCGAAUGUGUACUUCCUGUAUGCAGCCAGAUUUUUGUGUGGAUUCACCGGCGGAGCAGGUUACGUAGUGGUUCCCAUUUUCAUCAGCGAAGUGGCCGACAGCAACAUUCGAGGUGCCCUGACUUCCAUUGUGAUGUUAUCCGUCGAUUUGGGAAUACUGGCUGGCUAUAUACUCAGCACUUAUCUGGCCUAUCACGUUGUACCCUUCUUGGCCAUUAUCUUGCCGGUGGCCUACUUUAUUGCCAAUAUGAUGUUGCCCGAAACAGCGCCAUAUCUGCUAAAGAAAAGCCAACUUUCUGCGGCCGAGAACUCAUUUAAUUACUACAGAAAUCAGCGGAAUGCAAUCGGCGAAGAAACAUCUAAGGAUAAUUUUGAGGAGCUUCGCACAGCAGUUCUGGCUCAGCAGACGAGGAAUUCUACACCGCUGAGUUACAAGGACCUCAUUACCAAGCCAGCUCUUAAGGGGUUUGCAGCCUCAAUUGUCCUCAGCACGGGAUAUCAAUUCAGUGGAGUUUUCAGCUUCAUCAACUAUAUGUCCGAUAUAUUCAAGGCAUCUGGCUCGAUUGUGGACGUCAAUACUGCCACCAUUAUCAUUGGGAUAGUGCAAAUCGUUGGGGUCUAUACCUCUACUAUAUUUGUGGACAUCGUGGGAAGGCGACUCCUGAUGUUGAUCUCUACAAUGGGAGUGGGAAUCGGAUGCAUUGCCUUCGGUUGCUUCACUUAUUUCGCCGAAAGCUAUGAUCUCAGCGAUUUCAAUUGGCUUCCUUUGGUGCUGAUGAUAUUAAUCUGUUACGUGGCCAAUAUUGGACUUAUUGGAAUCUUUUUCCUGGUCCUGGUUGAGCUCUUUCCAGUGAAGAUUCGCUCCCUGGCCACUUCCAUUUCUGUGAUUUUCUUGAGUGUCCUGGUCUUUGGCACCUUGAAACUAUUCCCCCUGAUGCUGCACUAUUGGGGAAUUUCCAUAACCAUAAUGCGCUUUUCCUCGCUUUUCGCCAAUCCUGAUUGUCUCUUGAGUAGCAGGAAUCGUUAUCAGUUCCUGGUAACUUGGAUGGUGACCAUCGUGACCUUUUCGCAUGGCCUGGGCGUGGGUUGGAUGUCCCCGGUGAUGAGGGAUCUGCCGACCGAUCAGUCACCCCUCGAUUUCCCCGUUGUGGUGGCGGACAUUUCCUGGAUAGGAUCCCUGGUGGGAAUUGGAAGCAUGUUAGGUAACAUUCUGGCCGGCACUUUGAUGAAUCGGAUCGGACGCAAGCUGGUCAUGUUCGGCAUUGCUUUUCCCUACAUGAUGUUUUGGUGCAUGAUCUACUUCGUCCAGAGCGUGGAGUUCCUUUAUGUGGGUCGACUGCUGGCCGGAAUGACUGGCGGGGCCGCUUAUGUCGUCCUUCCAACAUUUAUCAGCGAGAUUGCCGACGACAAAAUUCGCGGUCGUCUCGGAUCCAUGAUCCUGUUGAUGGUGAACACGGGCGUCCUUACGGGUUACAUUGUGUCCUCGAGUUUCAAUUAUUUCUCGACACCCCCGUUUAUUAUCCUCCUGCCCUUGAGUUACUUUAUCGGCAAUUUCCUGAUCCCGGAGACACCACAUCACCUUAUUCGCAAGGGAAAGUUCGAGGAAGCCGAAAAGUCUUUUAGGUUUUACAAAAACAUCAGGAGAGAUGACAUCAAGGCUGAAAGUGAAUUCGAGGAUUUAAAGACUCGAUUGAUUGAAAUGGAAAAGGAUAAGGCGCAGUCCUUCAAUUACAAGGAUUUCAUUACAAAACCUGCUUUUAAAGGCUACGCCUCUGCGUUUGUCCUGCUGUUUGCAAAUCAGUUCAGUGCCAGUUUCAGUGUGUCGUCUUAUUUGUCGACCGUCUUUGCCGCAUCUCACACCACCUUGAAUCUGACCAUGUGCACCAUAAUUAUUGGAUUCCUUCAGAUAGUGGGAACCUACGCAACCACUUUGUUGUGCGACAAAUUUGGACGCAGGAUCCUCAUGUUGGUGUCCUCUUUGGGAUCAUCUGUUUGCCUGGCUGUCUUCGGAAUCUACACACAUUUCGCCGGGAUAUAUGAUCUGACUGCCUUUGGUUGGCUGCCCCUGGUGAUCCUGUCCUUCUACAUAUGCCUCGUCAACAUUGGCCUGGUGGGUUGUGUCUUCGUCCUGCUCCUGGAGCUGUUUCCGGCUAAGAUUCGUUCCGUUUGUGUGUCAGCUGCAACUGUAUUAUUAAGUGGCAUCGUGUUCCUGGCCCUCAAAAUAUUCCCCAUCUGCGUGGCUGAUUGGGGCAUCUCGGUGACCAUGUGGUGCUGCAGUGGCUGCACGAUUUGCUGCUUUUUCUAUUUCCUCUUCUUCCUGGAGGAGACAAAUAGCAAAUCGCUGUUGGAGGGCUGAAUUCCUGGAGCU